AUGGCGUCAGAAAAGGAGGAAGGAUCAAACGGUGCUAGUGAGGCUUUGUUAGAGCAGAUCAAGAAGAUGAUGGCUGAGGAGUUUGACCGGAGAGAUCAGGUCAAGCAAGGCAAACGAAAGGAGACGAGAGGUCCAAUACAUAUCUCGGAUGGAGAGCGAAGAAACGAUCCCAUGGCCUCUAAUGGGCUCGGAGACGAGCAAGCUCAUGUCUACUACGGUAGCGCUCAAUCAUCUCAUUCAAGCCGGCACCAAUCUAGAAGGCCGCGAGAUGAGCCAGAUCGUAUGAUGGAGAACUUGGGAGGCUACAAAAUGAAGAUUCCACCGUUCCAUGGCCGGAACAAUCGAGACGAGUAUAUGGACUGGGAAAAGAAGUGCGAAUUCAAUUUUAACCUACACAACAUCAUUGACGUCAACCGUGUCAAGCUGGCCGUAUCAGAAUUCAACGAUUACACGCUAAGAUGGUGGGAGCAAAUCAUUUUGGCUUGA